UCAACCUUUUCCGCAGUCGGUGUAUGGGAGUGCAUCAUUUCUAGGCUACCGAUUUUGCCAUUGUGGAAAAAUGCUCCCACUGUUUCUGCGCUGCCUCCAUCUCGUCGGCUAUGUCUUUAAGUGCACUGGUUGUCUGCUCUAUGUCUUUCUCCAGCGUCUUCAGACGGUCUUCGUCAAUCACUAGCUGGUCCUCCUCCUGCCCCAGAAGGAAGUUCAUGUAUGAAUCGUCAAACUCAAAAUUCCCUGUGUCCUUUGGUCGACUGCGGGCUUGCCGCUUCAACGAUGCCUGUGUGGACGUGAUGCCAGCAUUGCGGAGCUGUUCGUUCUCCCAGUCGCUAGCCUCGCUGGCUUCCUGAGCCUCCUCAAUCAGUUGCUCUUUGGCUAAACGCGAGCUUUCCCUGUAUUGCUCACGCUCCUUCUUGUCGAUUAUUACGGCAUCGUCUUCGUCCUCAGCCGCUACGUUUCCUGAGAUGUCA